ACAUCUAAUUUUGAGAAAUUUUCCAAAAGUUGUGAGCUGUCACACUCUGCAGCCAUGUUAAUUUUUUGGGGAUUUUUUGCUUUUUUUGGUGAUGUCACCAUUUUUUGACAAUUACAUAACCUCAAAAAACUACGUUUCUAAAUGGGUAAGCACAAGGAGAAAUCGAAGAAACAUAAGAAAGAUAAAAAACGAAAGCGAGCGCGGGAUUCUAGCUCAAGCCCAUCUUCAGAUGAAUGGGUUGAAAAAGACGAUUAUUCUUCUGAGGAAGAUCGUAAACCUGAAGAAUCCUCAACUUCGUCUAAAAGAGCAGAGUGGAUGUCGUUGCCUUCAAGUUUUUUAACAGAGUCGCAUUUAGACAAGAGACGAAAUAGGGAAGAAAACAAAAGGUUGGAAAGGGAACGUGAGCAAUACAAUCCAAGACUACACGAAAGAGAAUUAAAUCCGUAUUGGAAAGACGGUGGUGACGGUUUACCGAAAUUUAAAAAGCCUUCGGAAGAGAAAAAUUUCUCAUAUAAGUCAACCAACAGACCACAAUCGUCUUCAAAUUGGAAGAAGAAACCAUUAGACCCUCCAAAAGAACGUGAAAGCAAACCGGAACCUCAAAAUCACGUCGAAAUUUUGUCAGAUAAAGAGCUGAACGCUUUGGCGGCUAAACUAGUCAAAGCUGAAAUAAUGGGCAAAAUGGAAUUAGUAAACGAAUUGAAAGCGAAACUUGAAGCUGCAAGACAACGCAAAGAUUCCACAGGACACACUGAAGAGGUUCUCUUGACGCAAACUGAUUCUCAAGGACACACAAGGCCAGUGAGACACCAAGCUGAUUAUAAUGAACCAUCAGGCAGUCAUAAGAGGAAGCGCAAAGUUGAAACUCAUCAAGAGGGACAAAGAGUACGUUAUUUCACCGACGAUGAUAAGUACUCGCUUCAGCAGAUGUUUGAAAACGAGAAAUUUAAUUCAGUGGAAGACCAGAAUAGUGAGUUUAUGAGAAUGGCGAGUAAAGUGCGGAAAAAUGACGAUUUGGAUGAAAUAUUUUCCGAUAAUAUUAGGAAAAAGGAUGGGAGCAAAACUGACAAGAGGAAUCGUGAUAGGGCUAUUAAUGAGCAUCAGCGAGUCGUUCAAAGCAUAGAUAAGUGUAAAUUGUGUCUCCAGUCGGAUUCAAUGGCAAAACAUUUGAUGGUGUCGUUAGGCGAGACGGCUUUCUUGAGUUUGCCCCCUUACGAACCCAUGAAUAAGGGCCAUUGCUUGAUAGUUCCCAUCAGACACGUCACAUGUUCCACGUUACUUGACGAAAACGAGUGGAGUGAUAUUAUGGAUAUUAGAAAAGCUUUAACGCAGAUGUUUAACGCGAGAAAUGAGGACGUUAUAUUUUUCGAGACGGCGAAAAACUUGGAUAAAUAUCCGCAUAUGUACAUUGAGUGUAUUCCCUUGGAAAAGGAAGAGGGUGAUAUGGCUCCUAUCUAUUUUAAAAAAGCCAUAGAUGAGUGCGAGGCCGAAUGGGCUCAAAAUAAAAAGCUUGUCUCGCUGAAAGGUAAAGAUGUGCGCAGGGCGGUUCCUAAAGGCCUUCCGUAUUUCUUCGUUUCAUUUGGAAUGGAAGAAGGUUUCGCCCACGUUAUCGAAGAUCAGAAGAGUUUUCCUAACAAUUUUGCACAAGAAGUGAUUGGCGGAAUGCUCGACCUGCAUCACAGCAAGUGGCGAAAACCUAAAUACCAAUCUUUUGACGAACAAAGCAAACGCGUAGUGGAAUUUUCAAAGGAAUGGAGCGACUUUGAUUUUACAAAAAAAUAGUGACUUAAAAUCUAAUUGAUAAUUAAAAAAUACCAAAAAUUAUACAA